CCCAUCAGCACCGGAUGUGGUAGUGGGAUCUCAUACACAAAUUGUGGUGUCAUGGAAGCCUGGUGCAUCGGAAGGAGCUUCGCCUGUUCAGCACUUCCUGGUUUCCUAUACCAGACCAGAGGUGGACACGGAGUGGACAUCCCUUCGUGUGCCCGUUCCCACCACCUCUAUGGUCCUGAGGGGACUGAGCCCAGAUACACUGUACCAGUUUAUGGUCCAAGCAGUGAACGCCAACGGCCCGAGUCCCCCAAGCUCUGUCAGUGGCAUUUGGACUCUCAGUAUCCAAGAUGCUGGCAGUGGAGCGAUCAGUACACAGCGCCUCACGCAUCCCGUUACCAGCGAUGAGGCUGCCGUCGCCGACUACGACUACAGUGCCAACACUGAUGAGCUCUCUCCCAAGACAGAGCCUCACGUGCCCUCCCGACCUGAAGCUCCAGCCUCGCAGAUUGGUGGUAGCAUCUGGAGCUUUGCCCCCAUGGCUGCCGUCUCUGCCCCCUCUGAUGCCCCCUCUGGUGCCACCCUGGGUCCUCCUCUGCCCCCGGCCGCCCCCAUGACACAGUGGCAGGGGGCGCUGAAGCGCCUCUACGACCUGUCCUGCGAGGACGCCGUGUGCCCCCCACACACCAUCUGCGUGGACGACCAUGCCAGCGGGGGCUCCCGAUGCCAGUGUGCCCUGGGCAGGCAAGGGCCAUCCUGCUCGCAGAUUGUGGUGGUCCAGUUCCCCAGGCUGUUUGGCUACUCCUACAUGGCCUUUGACCCUCUGAAGAACUCCUUUCACUCCUUCCACAUCAGCCUGGAGUUUAAGGCAGACAGUGUGGACGGCCUGCUGCUCUACUGUGGGGAGAAUGAGCACGGCUACGGGGACUUCUCCUCUCUGGCUCUGAUCCGAGGGAAGCUGCACUUCAGGUAUAACUGUGGGACGGGCGCGGCUCAUCUGGUGAGCGAGAGGCCGGUGGUUCCUGGCCAGUGGCACAGCGUCAGCGUCCACCGGGAGGGCACGAGCGGCUGGCUCCGCCUGAAUAAUCACGCACCUGUCACCGGACAGUCACAGGGCACAUACACCAAGAUCACCUUCCGCACGCCGCUAUAUGUGGGCGGCUCCCCCAAUGGCUACUGGCUUGCGAGGGCGGCGGGGACCAACCGCGGGUUCCAGGGUUGCCUGCAGAGCCUGUCGGUCAACGGGAAGCGGGUGGACAUGAGGCCCUGGCCGCUGGGGCGGGCACUUACCGGGGCGGAUGUUGGCGAGUGCAGCGAGCAUGCCUGCUCCGGCGUGUCCUGUGCCAACGGGGGAACGUGCUUCAGCACUCGAGCAGAUGCCCACAUUUGCCUUUGCCCGCUGGGAUACGGAGGAACGCGGUGCCAGGAGAGCGUUUGGCUGGCCGUUCCGCACUUCAACAAGUCGCUGCUGUCGUACGCUAGCGCCCCCUGGCCCCAUCCCCAGCGCCACUACCUCUCCUUCACCGAGUUCGACAUCACCUUCCGGCCGGCGGCAGCCAACGGGACGCUGCUCUACUGUCGGGACGCCAACAGCAGCGACUUCCUGGCCGUCACCCUGGUGGGCGGUCACGUGGAGUUCCGCUUCGACUGCGGCACAGGAGCUGCUGUUCUCAGGAGUGAGGAGGCUGUCAGCCUGUUCAGGUGGCACGAGGUGCGGGUAUCUCGCACAGCCAGGAAGGGCCUCUUGCAAGUGGACAGCCAGAAAGCAGUGGAGGGCCUGGCAGAGGGGGCAUUCACUCAGGUGCGCUGCAGCUCUCCUCUGUAUCUGGGUGGACUCCCAGACUACGACGCCACCCGGAGGGACUCUGGAGCGCUGGAGCCUUUUACUGGGAGCAUCCAGCAGGUCCUGCUGAAUGACCGUGUUAUCCCGCUCACGGCGUCCUCACUGGAGGGGGUGAACGUGGGCAAUGCAGAGCACCCCUGUGGCACACGACCGUGCGCCAACGCUGGACAGUGCCAGCCCAGAGAGGACCAGUACCAGUGCGACUGUCCGAUAGGCUUCCAUGGAAACCAGUGCCAACAAGUAGUGACCGAAGACAUUGAGGUUCCUCUCUUCACUGGUAGAAGCUACCUCAAAUUUGACAACAGAAAUAUUUUGAAACGGCUCUCUGGCUUGAGGACCCAUGUGCAACUGCGCUUCAGAUGCUCUGCCCCCAACGGGCUGCUGCUGUGGAGAGGAGAGGGGCCUGGUCUCGCUGGAGCGGACUUCAUGUCUCUUGGCCUGCAGGGCGGAGCCAUCAUCUUCAGCUUUGAUCUUGGUAGUGGACUUGGCGUGGUGGUGGUCAAUGGAACUUUUAACGAUGGUCGGUGGCACCAGUUGAAAGCCGUGAGAGAUGGGCAGUAUGGCCGGGUGGUUGUGGAUGGUCAGAGGACCAGCAGAGGACAGUCGCCAGGGAGAAUGAGGCAGCUCAACUCCAAUGGACCUCUGUAUAUAGGGGGUAUGAAGGAGAUCUCUCUGCACACUCACAGACAGUACAUGAGAGGCCUGGUGGGCUGCAUCUCCCACCUCUCCCUCUCCCCCAGCUUCCAGAUCGCCUUGAUCGAUGAGGCCUCGGACGGCAAGAACAUCGACACAUGCCUCGAGUGACCCUACAGUAUGGACCUACAGUACCAGAGACCUCUCUCAUGAGCCUCCUCCUCCUCUUUCAAUUCCCUGGCUGAACUAGUCUUUUUUACUUCUCUGAACUCGUAACGAUGUGUGCCCCGUAGUGAUUGAGUUUGGUUAAGGAUGCAUCUUGCAGGACCCUCCCUACAAACAUCAGUAUAAGGCUGCCAGCACUGCCAUGUUAUUUGCUCUGAUCACUUGCUGGCAUUUGGCAUAUACUGUACAGUAUAUGGUUCAUUUUUGCCCAAAUUCAGCUUCCAAAUUACAACUCUUUUUUACAGACAACCACUUCCAGACAUGGCCAGUACUACCAUACCCUUCAUAUGUUAUUUCAGUCACUCUUAUAUGUCCCACCACUAUGCACCUGUCAAUUCAAUAAUCCCCACUUCCCAAACCAGACCAACAUUGGCAGACUGUCAGCCAACUCAAGGACAUUGUGUCAUCCAUUAUAAAUGAACCUUCCACCUUUAAACAAACAAGGAGGAGCACAAACACCAUGAUGCUGAAUUUCCCAAAGGACAUUUUUUAUUUUAUUUAUUGCACUUCCGUAUGCCUUAGAAUGACCUUGAAAGUUCUUAGUUUUUUUGUUUUUCUGAAGAUGUUCUGCCAAAUGGACUGCUGGUGCUGAGGUGACCUCCCUAACACAAAGAAGUAGAGGAGGUGGUGGUGGUGGUGGGGAAAAGGUUUCCCUACCAAGGACAUACUGCGCCGUCGCAUGUCUGAGAGAUCUGCCCCCCAAGUUGCUCGGUCAGCUGGAACUGUCAUGGCGGCAGAUCUGAUGAUGGCUCACUGACUGCACGGCCAUGUUUGGAUCUGCCAGACAGCUAGAGGGCAGCCUCGCGUGGCCCUCCAUUCUCCCUCCUGUCUCUUGGCUGUGUGUCUGUUGCCACUUCGGGGGCCAUUAUGCAAAGAAAUCUGGAGGAUUUGGACUCUUCCCUGGUCUCUGUGGGUGCAUACAGAUUUAUCUGACAUUUCACGUACUAGAUUGAACUACAGAACAUCUCCCCUCUGGUAUAAGCACUGUAUUAUGUUUUUGUAUCAUGUAUGCACCAUAGUGUCUUUGUUGGAUUACCCAGUGCAGCUGUUCAUUCAUAUGAAGGGCUUGUUUUGUCUGUUGUCUCUUUGUGGUAUUGUGCGAUACACUCCAGGCUUGUUUACUGAGAGCAACACACCCCUUCUGAUGGACUUUUGCCCUCACAGCUCCAAUCUCCACUCUGUCUUCAUCUGGUGUCUCUCCCUGGAAGAAAGUUCAGUUGAUUCUCAACCCAAAACAAGGCUGUUGGAAUAAUGCUUUGUGACUACUGAAAGCAACUGUUUUAAUGUUUUAUUAAAGUUAUUUUUUAUUUAUCUU